UUCCUCCACCCUGCCAUUAUGAGCAGCAGCCACGACACGUCACCCAGUGCUUGUCCUGGGGCACUUCAGUAAGCUUAGACUGUGAUGUGCCUCCACUACUCUGUCAGGGGAACGAGUCAGCCUAGAGGAGGCAGCAGACAUCCCGCAGAAGAAGCACGCAAGAAGAACAAAUGAACUUUCUUUACCUGAGCAAAAACUAGUUCUAAUACACCAGGGCUUUAAAUUCAAGAAGAAGAUUUUCAAUUAGCAGAAAAAAAAUCUGAAUGCAGUUCUGCCAGGAGAAGAAAAGGCUGUAUGUUUCCCACAAAAAGAGCAAGUGAAUUUAAUGGAAAAGUUUAAAUUUAGCUGUUGAGGAAAGGAAUCAUCCUUGACCAAGAUCUGAGAGGGGAUCCAGAAAGAACCAAUUAAGAGAAUCCCAGAGAACUGUCAAAAACAUCUUUUCUUCCUCAAGAUUUUUGAGUCGUUUUCCUUCUAAUCCUAUUGAGUGUUCUUGAGUCAUCAUGAAUAUAUUUCGGAUCCUGGGGGAUAUUUCUCAUCUCUUAGCUAUGAUCAUUUUGCUGGUGAAGAUAUGGAGGUCAAAGUCUUGUGCGGGUAUCUCAGGAAAGAGCCAGAUCCUUUUUGCAAUUGUUUUUACAAGCCGCUACCUUGACCUAUUCACAUAUUUCGUCUCAGCCUACAAUACUAUCAUGAAGGUUGUUUUUUUAAUUUGCGCCUACUGUACUGUGUACCUUAUCUAUGGGAAGUUCCGUAAAACCUUUGACAAUGAGAACGACUCUUUCCGCCUUGAAUUCCUUUUGAUCCCCGUCACAGGCCUGUCAUUUCUGGAAAACCACAGUUUCUCCCCUUUAGAGAUUCUGUGGACUUUCUCCAUUUACUUAGAAUCAGUGGCUAUCCUUCCUCAGCUCUUCAUGAUUAGCAAAACAGGCGAAGCAGAGACAAUCACUACACACUACCUUUUCUUCUUAGGCCUCUACCGUGCGCUCUAUCUUGCCAACUGGAUCUGGCGUUAUCAUACAGAAAACUAUUAUGACCAAAUUGCGGUAGUUUCUGGAGUUGUACAGACCAUCUUCUAUUGUGAUUUUUUUUACCUCUAUGUUACUAAAGUAUUGAAAGGAAAGAAGUUGAGCCUUCCAAUGCCCAUCUGAAGAGGAGCACAAGUGAAGUAUAUUCCUGAAGAGACUCCAAGGUCGCAGGAUUUUUGUGUGUUCCAUAUGGUUCGGCUACCCUCCAGGGAAUUUACGUGUUCCGACUGUGCCUAAAGAUUCUUCAGUGUUGAGCAAUACUUAAGAACUUCCACUGUCUAAAAGAGCAUUCCUUUGGAAAAUAUAUUACUUUUAACAAAUACAAUACUCAAUUUUC